AAUUUUCAUAAAAGAGAAAAGGCGUUCAAUUAAGUAUACAACUCCCAAAGCUCCUAAUGCACUUUCAGUGUGCGAUGUUGAUAAGUUUAAUAACAAGCAUUUAUAUUUAUAGCAAGUAACUACGAGCGUGAUAGUUUAUGAUCACUUUUUUAUAUAUAAAAAUGAGAUUUAGAUACGCCCAUUUGGUAUUAUGUAGUGGUAUCAGCUCAGCUCAGCUCUGUUCUCAAAUAUGUGUAGGUAGUCUACUGACUCUAGCUAGAGUAAAGCCACGUGGUCAUGCACUUCUAAUGAGUGCCACGAAGUUCCAACUGUUGUCAAGAUCAGAAGGCACCUACGUAAAUGUCUUGCACACGUGUCGGCGCCGUACCACUCUAACUCCCAACUCUCUUCUUCUUCUUCUUCUUCUUCUCUCUGUGGUUAUAUAUAUAUAUAAAGAGGUCAAAAAGCAAGAGCAGAGAGAAGGUUUAUAAAUAAAGGGAAAGAGUAGAAGCAGCAAGAUGAACAGUAAUAGUAGCAAUAGUAGUUUGGAUAAGAGGACGUUCAUGGAUGAGCUUCGGAGCUUUGAUAAAGGUGGCUUCUUAGACUUGGGCCAUCCUCUCCUCAAUCGCAUUGCUGAUACUUUCGUCAAAGCUGCUGGGAUUGGAGCUGUUCAGGCCGUAUCUCGAGUAGCUUAUUUUACUGCUUUUGAAGGACUUGAUUCUUCUUCUAGUAGUGUGGGUAGUAUUACCUCAGAUGUCUCAUCAGCUGCCAAGAAGAGUCGAUUCCCAGACCUCAGAGGUGAAACCAACAGAAAUUCUCUUGAAGCCAUGGUGAAGAGCACAGGAAAAGAAUCAUUACAAUGGGGACUGGCUGGUGGAGUGUAUUCAGGUCUCACCUAUGGACUGGCCGAAGCUCGAGGAGCUCAUGAUUGGAAAAACAGUGCAGUUGCAGGAGCACUGACUGGGGUGGCGGUGGCACUUACGGCGGAGGAGUCGUCACACGAGCAAGUAGUCCAAUGUGCCAUAACCGGAGCUGCCAUCUCCACAGCUGCAAAUCUUCUCUCUCACAUCUUUUAAUUCAAUUUGGCGUCUUUAGUUUGGUUACUUUUCUAGUGUUGGUUCAUCAUAAUAUUACCUUACCACCACAGCAAUGAACACAGUAUUUAUAAUAAGUACAGAUAUUAGGCAGUUUGGAUUAUUAUUAUUAUUAUUAUUAUUCUCUAAAUGCCCUAUAGACAAAAAAAUUCAAUAAACAAAAUAGGCUCACAUAAGAGGAAGAUAAGCCAUUUUUUUUAGAUUAAAUUUCAAGCAUUAAUAACAUGUUUAGUUUUAGAAUCUACAUAGAACCAAAAAUGUUACUGCCAUUUUUUUUAUUGGUCUGUAAUGUUAAUUCUUUAGUUUAAAUCAUGGUCUAGCAAAACUUUUUUUUUUCUUUUUUUCGAGCUAAAAGUCGAUGAAGGGGGCAUACAAUGCAUUAAGGGGCAUUAAUUAGUACAUGUACAAAAAUAAUACUGUGAAUUUCCUGUAGAGAUGAAAUUGUAAGCAUUAAAAUCAGAUAGAUAUUCACAUAAAGCAAAUAAUUAACAAGGAGCCAGAUUCACAGUAGUAAUAAAGGGUUUAGAGUGUACCUACCAGAUCAACAACAGGAGGGGAGGAGACAACAUAAUUGUCUGGGUACUUUAAGCCAAAUGUGUGUAAAAUUUCUAUUUUAUAGGCAUGAUUCUGGUGAGAAUUAAUAUCCAUGUAAUUAUGUAUUUGAACAAAUUGAUGGUCAAAUAGAGAUGGAAAUUUUCUCCAGCCCUAUGGGUAGGAAGGACAUUUCACGGAUGAAUUAUCCACCAAAGCUUGUUAUUACAAGUAGGAAUGCAUAUUUGUACUAUGG